AUGGCACUCUCAAAUCUCAUUUUUUCAAUUGGAUUAUAUAACACGUUUUUAAUUUUUUUAACAUUAAUUAUAGUAUAUACAUGUCGUUUUUAUUAUAAAUAUUUUACGCGUGAAAAUCCAUUACCUGGACCACUUCCGUUACCCUUUGUUGGAAAUAUUAUAGAUCGUGGUUUCGAUGAAUUUGCUGAAUAUACUGAACGAAUGCAAAAAAAAUAUGGUGAUAUAUUUGAAAUAUAUUUUGGUUCACAAAAAUUUAUCAUGUUGAGUAAAUAUGAAUAUAUUCAAAAUAUGUUUGAUUAUUCAUUAAAUUCAAAAUAUAUGAGACGUAUUCCAUAUUUUUUAGGAUUAGAUGAAUUAGACGUGGCAGGAAAAGGAAUAGCAUUAAAUCAUAAUGUAAAUGUUUGGAAAUUUAACCGACAUUUUAUCUCUAGAGCUUUACUUACACCAAGUUUUUCUAAAUAUUCAGUAAUUUGGACACAAAAUUUGGUUGAAGAAAUGAUGGAUUAUUGGAAAGAUGGAGAAGAUGAUGAUGGAAAUUUUAUAACUAAUAUUGUAGAAUGGUCUCAUAGGUUUACAACAGAUUCAAUUACUCAUUUCACUACAGGAAUGAGAGUUCACGCUAUUGAAGCACAUUAUAAUGAAUUAUUAUUAUCUAGAAAUAAAAAACCAAGAAAAUCUAUUAAUGAUUUAAAGGAUGCUACAAAGUUUUUUAAAAGUAUUAAAACUUUAGUUAUUGGAAUUUAUUUCUUUAUUAUAGUUCCGCCUUUCAUUAGAAAAUAUUUUCCUUUUUUAAGUAAUGAAAUUAAAAAACAUUUACAAAAUCGUGAUUGGUUGUUUAGUAAAAUUGAUGAACUCAUUAAAAGUAGAAGAAGAGAAAUUGAAUAUACACCUUUAAAUCAACCAUUAAGAUUUGAUAUGUUAACCUCGAUGUUAACCGCUUAUACUGAUCGAGAUAUUUGUGAAGUGAAAUAUUAUGAUGAAGUAUAUACAAUUAGACCAUUAACUGAUGAAGAAGUUCGCGGUAAUUUAUGGGAGACAUUUGUUGCAGGAAUUGAUACGACUGCCAAUUUAUUUACUUUUGUUGUUUACUUUUUGGACAAAUAUCCAAAUGUUUUAAGAAAACUUCGGGAUGAAUUGGAUUUAUUCUUUAAAAAAUUAGGUGAUCUUCGCUUAGAUUUAGAUUGUUUAUCACAACUUGUUUAUACUGAAGCAAUAAUUAAAGAGAUCUUUAGAAUAUAUACACCAGCACCUUACACUGCACGAAAUAGUACCGCAUAG